UUUGUGGGGGGGCCGGUCCCUCCUCAGGUGAAGCCGCUGAUGGAGAUGAAGCCGCCGCCGCAGCUGAGCGCACAGGUCCCGGCUCCGGCCUGGCUGCCGCCGCCUCAGUGACCCCACUCCCCCCGCACUGGGCCACCCGGGCCAGAGUGGGGGACCCCCGCCCCCCUCUUCCUCACCCCAAACAGCUUGCGCGCGCGCGCGCGCGGAGACGCCUCAGCCUGCAUAAGGAAAACGGGGAAGCACAAAGAACAAGAGAAAAUAUGUGUUCAUCUGAGAUCUGAAAAGAGACAAUGAGAUCUCUUUAAGAUGGACAUAGAAGACUGCAAUGGCCGCUCCUAUAUGUCUGAGUGGGACCUAUGAAGGAAUUAUUGGCAUGCACUACGAGAGAUAGCAAGACGGGUGGGUCACACAUGAGAGUCAUUGGCAACACCCAGGAAUCCACGCUUCCUGGAAGGUGAGUGGCUGGGCUCACCCCUGCCUGCCACCGAGACGCAGACAUGCACACACCACCCGCACUCCCUCGCCGUUUCCAAGGCGGCGGCCGUGUUCGCACCCCAGGGUCUCACCGGCAAGGGAAGGAUAAUCUGGAGAGGGAUCCCUCAGGAGGGUGUGUUCCGGAUUUCUUGCCUCAGGCCCAAGACUCCAACCAUUUUAUAAUGGAAUCUUUAUUUUGUGAAAGUAGCGGGGACUCAUCUUUGGAGAAGGAGUUCCUUGGGGCCCCAGUGGGGCCCUCGGUGAGCACCCCCAACAGCCAGCACUCUUCUCCCAGCCGCUCACUUAGUGCCAACUCCAUCAAGGUGGAGAUGUACAGCGAUGAGGAGUCGAGCAGACUGCUGGGGCCAGAUGAGCGACUCCUGGAAAAGGACGACAGUGUGAUUGUGGAGGAUUCAUUGUCUGAGCCCCUGGGCUACUGCGAUGGGAGUGGGCCAGAGCCUCACUCCCCUGGUGGCAUCCGGCUGCCUAAUGGCAAACUCAAGUGUGAUGUCUGCGGCAUGGUCUGUAUUGGACCCAACGUGCUCAUGGUGCACAAGCGCAGCCACACUGGUGAGAGGCCCUUCCACUGCAACCAGUGUGGUGCCUCCUUCACCCAGAAGGGGAACCUGUUGCGCCAUAUUAAGCUGCACUCUGGGGAGAAGCCCUUCAAAUGUCCCUUCUGCAACUAUGCCUGCCGCCGGCGUGAUGCACUCACUGGUCACCUCCGCACACACUCAGUUUCCUCUCCCACAGUGGGCAAGCCCUAUAAGUGCAACUACUGCGGCCGGAGCUACAAACAGCAGAGUACCCUGGAGGAGCACAAGGAACGGUGCCACAACUACCUACAGAGUCUCAGCACUGAAGCCCAAGCCUUGGCUGGCCAACCAGGUGAUGAGAUUCGUGACCUGGAGAUGGUGCCAGACUCCAUGCUGCACUCAUCAUCUGAGCGGCCAACUUUCAUUGAUCGUCUAGCCAACAGCCUCACCAAACGCAAGCGUUCCACCCCCCAGAAGUUUGUAGGUGAAAAGCAGAUGCGCUUCAGCCUCUCAGACCUCCCCUAUGAUGUGAACUCCGGUGGCUAUGAAAAGGAUGUGGAGUUGGUGGCACACCAUGGCCUGGAACCUGGCUUUGGAAGUUCUUUGGCCUUUGUGGGUACAGAGCAUCUGCGUCCUCUCCGCCUUCCACCCACCAACUGCAUCUCAGAACUCACUCCUGUCAUCAGCUCUGUCUACACCCAGAUGCAACCCCUCCCUGGUCGACUGGAGCUUCCAGGGUCCCGAGAAGCAGGUGAGGGACCCGAGGACCUGGGUGAUGGAGGUCCCCUCCUCUACCGGGCCCGAGGCCCCCUGACUGACCCUGGGGCAUCCCCCAGCAAUGGCUGCCAGGAUUCCACGGACACUGAGAGCAACCACGAAGAUCGAGUUGGGGGGGUGGUAUCCCUCCCUCAAGGUCCCCCACCCCAGCCACCUCCCACCAUAGUGGUGGGCCGGCACAGUCCUGCCUAUGCCAAAGAGGACCCCAAGCCACAGGAGGGGUUAUUGCGGGGUACCCCAGGCCCCUCCAAAGAAGUGCUUCGGGUGGUGGGGGAGAGCGGUGAGCCUGUGAAGGCCUUCAAGUGUGAACACUGCCGCAUCCUCUUCCUGGACCAUGUCAUGUUCACCAUCCACAUGGGCUGCCAUGGCUUCAGAGACCCUUUCGAGUGUAAUAUCUGUGGUUACCACAGCCAGGACCGGUACGAAUUUUCUUCCCACAUUGUUCGAGGGGAGCAUAAGGUGGGCUAGUGACCUCUCUCCCUGCCCUUUGUCCACUACUCCACUGCCCCACUACAGGUGUCUAGCCCUGUCCCCACCACACCCCAAGGAGUUUUGCAUUGUAGCCCCCACCACUGGCCACUUGACUUCACACCUAACCCUGAAUCUCCUUGCCUGUUCCCCUUUUCUACCCUGGCCUAUUUAAGCAUUGUGACGAAACAGAUCUUUUGCUUAUGUUUCUCCUUUUUUCUCUUCUCCUCUCAUCCCGGCAUAUUCAUUGAGUUAUUUAUUUAGUUGACUUUGCCUUUUUUUAUUUAUGGCAGUCCCUUGCCACUCCCUCACCUGCCCACAGCUCCCUUCUACAGUAAGCCUAAUAUUUUUCUCAUGGAUCCAGCAUCCAACAGCCCCAGGGGUCGGAAGCUCCUCUUCAUAUUAAGAGACCUUGAGCUUCUUGCUUUAAUCCUUACCCUUUAUCUGAUUUUUCAGUUUUUAUACUGAUACCUCCCAAUGGCCCUACCUUAGCUCUGUGGCAUUAUAUCUCCUCUCUGGGACCCUUCAACCUGGUACUCCAUACCUCUCGUGCCCUCUCAUUUUAGGCAGCUUGCACUAUUCUUGAAUGAAUGAAGAAUUUCCUCAUUUGGAAGUAGGAGGGGUUGAAGAAUUUCUCCCCAGGCACUGUGAGACUGAGGAUCCUCUUGACUGCCCCUGGGAAUAUGAGCUCCCCAAAGUCUACAUUCAGGAUCUCUCUCCAGGAUGUGAUAUAGCUUGUCCCUCUCCCCAACCCAACCCUCAUUACCACUCCAGUCUCUUCAACCUGCCACUCUGCUCAGUGGUGGCUUUUCUCUCCUUGGAGUAACCCCAUUUUAUAUUCUCAGGGGCCAAGGCUAGGUCUGCAACCCUCUGUCUCUGACACAUUGGGAGCCACAGGUGCCUAAUUAGGAACCAGGGCAUGGGAAGGGUGUGGGUCAAAGUCUUUUCUCUCCUCCACCUCUCAGACUUCUUCACUCUAGUGACCUUCUUGGCUUAUAGGGACUCUUUCAGUCCCCAUCCUAUGAAAAACUGAUGGGUAGCUGCCUGAUGACCAGGGGGGUCUCUGAACCCCUCAGUCAUGCUGCCUUCUUCCUUUCCCUCCCAGCAGGAUUCACCCUCUCAUUCCUGCACUCCUGGGCCCUAUUCUUAUCAGUAGUGGCGGGGAGAAAAGGAUGUCUCUUUUCUCUCUUCUGAUUUUCAGUAUAACCAAAAAUUAUCCCAGGAUGAGCAAGGAUAUGUGCCCCUUACCCAUUCCAUCCUUGUUCCAUCAAGAACGGAAUAGGCACAACUAACCGGGGGUCAUCCUUCACUGCCCUUCUGUACUCAGCUCCCAGACAUGCAGGAGGGGCAUUCUUCUCCUGGCUGCUGCAGAGACCCCUGGCUAUUUGGAUAAUCAAGGAUUCACGAGAAGGGGCAGGAGGAGGUACAACCCCACUGCAAGUGGAGGUCUCUUUCUACAAAGAGUUCCCUGCCCGGGGUCACAGCCAUCCCACUCUCUGUUUCCUUGAGAUUCAAACCAAAGGCUGUUUUUCUAUGUUUAAAGAAAAAAAAAAAAAAAAAAAAAAAAAAAAUGAAAAACCAAACGCAACACCUCACAAGUUGUAACUCUUGGUUCUCUCUCUCUCUCUCUCUCUCUCUCCCUCUCUCCCUCUCUCCCUCUCUCCCUCCCUCUCCCCCUCUCCCCCUCCCCCUCUCUCCCCCUCCCCGCCCCUUUUCUUCCUUUCCUGUCCAUCUUUCUUGCCAUGUGUUUUUUCCUUAUUGGCCUUUCACCACUUCUUUUCUCACUCCCUAUCAGGGAUAUUUGUUGGGGGGGUUGGUAAAAGGUAGGCUAAGGAUCAGAUCCUGGGAUUGGGGCUCUUAAGGGUCUGGGAAGAGUCUACCUUAUCCUAUCAUUGGAAGUGAAAAAACUUCCUUUUUGCCCUUUUCUUUCCCCAUUACUGUGGUUUCCCCAAGAGAACCAGAUUGGCAAGGAGAGGCCUUGCAGGGUGAUUGUUCCUCCUUAACAAUGUAGCAAUAAAUAGGUGCUGCCAAGGGCAGAGGAUGGGGGAGUCAGCUCAGAGGAGAGUGGUCCCUACAGAAGGUAAAGUCUUUUCUCAACAGCACCCUUAGGUACUUGCUCCUUGUUCAGGAUGGCAGCAGAGCUAAGAUUAAUACCUGGGCUUCUCCUGAAUUAUUCUGGUUAUUGAGCCACUUCCUAUUGGACCUACCCAUCCCACAUCUUUUGUGUCUGCUGUGUGUUUGAUGAUACCUCAUAAGGACUUGUCCCUUCUGGGGUAUCAAAGCCUUAGGGUGCCCCCAUCCCCUCCCCUAGCCAGCCUUGGCACCUGUAACCUCCUGGAACAUGAAGGACUAUGCUCUGAGGCUAUACUCUUAUGCCCAUGAGAGCAGAGACUGGAAGGGCAAGACCAGGUGCUAGGGAGGGGAGAGAGGGGCGUCCUUCUCUUUCCAGACCAUCACUGCACUUUAACCAGGGUCUUAGGUACAAAAUCCUACUUUUCAGAGCCUUCCAGCUCUGGAACCUCAAACAUCCUCAUGCUCUCUCCCAGCUCCUUUUGCAUAAAAAAAUAAAAAUAAAGAAAAAACAAAAACCACACAGUGAAACCCACAUGGAGUAGAGGUGUUUCCUUUUAUAUUGCUAUUCAAAAUCAACACCACAAAAAGAAAAAAGAAUUUCUAAAUAGACACUUUUCCAGACCUUUGUUUUUUCCUGUCAAUGUCUAAGCUGCGGGUGGGAUUUUGUAAUACUUCUGGCAGCUUCUUUCCUUGUGUACAUAAUAUACAUAUAUAUAUAUAUUUUUAAUCAGAAGUUAUGAAGAACAAAAAAAACAAAAAAAAAAAAACAAAAAAAAAAAACACAGAAGCAAGUGCAAUACCACCUCUUUUCUCCCUCUCUCCCAAGGUUUCCUUUGUAGCCUGUUUGGUGUUUUCCUUUGACCCUUGCCCCUCCACCUCCUCCUCUCUUCCUCUUACCCCCGCCCCAACUUUUUUUUUAAAGUUUUUCUCCUUUCUCUAGGGGAGUUAAACUAGCUUUUGAGACUUAUUGCAAAGCAUUUUGUAUAUGUAAUAUAUUGUAAGUAAAUAUUUGUGUAACGGAGAUAUACUACUGUAAGUUUUGUACUGUACUGGCUGAAGGUCUGUUAUAAAUAAACAU